GCCGAAAGAAAAGGAAAGGCCCUCUGGGCCUGAUUUGAGGGCUGUUUGAUCCCACAGAGGCAAGGUCCAGCACUAUCAAUCGGCCCCCGAGACUGGACAAGACGGGGCGUGAGACAGAGAGUGCGACGGCGACAUGGUAUUCAGCUUCCUGCUGUUCCCGAGCCCUCCGUGCACCUACGAUGAAUACAGCGACAACAUCGUGUGGAUCCCCGCUGGCUGCCGCGACCCCCGCGAGUGCUCUGCCGCCGAUGUGCUGCCGUGCCUCUGGCUGCCGUUCCCCAACGCACGAUACGUGAUGGUCUACUUGCACGCGAACGCUGAGGUAAGCGGACGCACAUAUCCACACUGCAAAAGCGACGAGCGGGUGUAUGGCUGUCUAUAUCCUGCCUGCAGGACCUUGGGUCGUGCCGCAAGUUUUGUACGCUGCUGCAUGACUGUUUCGGCGUGAAUGUGUUGGCGGUCGAGUACCCCGGGUACGGGCUGGCGUAUGGGCAGGCCACGGAGGAGAGCGUGGAGGCCGCCACCAGGGGUGUGUACGACUACGUGACGCAUACGCUUCACUGGGCCCCGGAGGACAUCAUAGUCGUCGGACGCUCCAUUGGUGUGCCUCGUCUCUGAGGACGAAAGACCCAUCUGCAAUAAGCGCUGUCGCCCUUCCUCCUUGUGUUGUCAGGUUCGGGUCCAGCGGUGUCGAUUGCGUGUGAGGCGGCCCGUCGCGGCAGCCACUUGGCGGGUCUGGUGCUGAUAGCGGCCUUCACGUCCAUCCGCGAUGUGGUGCGGGGCAUCGCACCGUGGGCUGCUCGUUUCAUGCCCGACUACUUCCCAAACAAAGACAAGAUGCACCAGGUAGGAGUGAGGCAGGCAGGCAGGCAGGGAGGCUCAAAUGGACCUCUACUGUGUCUUUGUGGCCUGUCUUGCAGGUGUCGUGUGGCGUGGUGUGUGUGCAUGGGACAGAGGACAGGAUCAUCCCGUUGGUAGGAGACAGGGAAUACCAAGAGAGUGCUCGUGUGUCUCCUGUGUGUGACCUUUCAUUUUAUUGCGUUGUCAGGCGCAUAGUGUGGAGUUGUUUAAUCUGUGUGGGAACCCCGACAAGAUGUUUCUGCCCAUUCAUGGAGGCGACCACAACGGCACCGUAUUCAAAGAUAACCAUGAGUUCGUCUUGCCUAUGAUCAAUGUACGACGGCCAGCCAGGCCACUCAGGAAAGAAACCGCCCCACAUGUCACACCACGGACUCUUUCCCACUUUUUUCUGUCUGCUGUCGUGUUGCAUGCCAUGCAGUACUUGAGUGCUCAUGGGCGUCGGUCGUUUCGCACUUCCAUGCAGGAGAAGCGUCUCCACCGAUACAACUACUGCCACCCCGACAACUGGCCCUCACUCACACCUGCCGCCUUUGACCUGUGGUCGCGCAACCACCGACUAGAGACACAUCCACACCCUCUUCCCUUGUCCGUCCUUCUGUCUGCAGGGCUCCGAAUCCCCCUAUCCUUCCGCCGCCCCAGCCUCAGUACGUGCCUCUGAUGCCCCCGCCUGGUCUGGUCAACGACCCCUUCAGGACCAGAAGGGGUGUGGCCCACUUCCCCCCCUACCCCUACAACCACACACGGGUGGUCAACCGACACGUGAACCCAUCGCACAGCAGCACCCUGAGGCCGCCCCCUCUCAUGGGCGCCGCUGCCGGGACCUUCAUGUCUCCCUCACUCGUCUGCCGCGACCCGCCGCUCAUUCUCCCCAACAAGGGCGGCCAGAACAACACAGUGGAGCGGCGCGUCUUUGUGCAGAAUUCGACGGCGUCCAACACACGGGCGUCGACGGCUGACUUCCCCCCGGGCAACAUCAUGGCGUCUCCCCGCUCAGGCGGAGGGGGCCCGCCCACUGCACGCGGCAGUGAGGCGGGCUCUGCGACACUGCGGCAGAGGCAGGGGUCUGUGGCUCCCUCGGCAUUCGGCAACACACGUCUGUCUGCGCGUGGGGACGUCCCCUCCCUCUCACUCGCCGAUGGGUCGUAUGGCACGCCGAUGCGCCACCGUCACCGUGGUGGAGUGGAGGGCGUCAUGUCGAUGAAGCACCUGAACCCUUCUAUGGGUGGAACACUGCAGCUGGGGCAGACCAGGAAGGGACGCGCAUCGGGAUAGAAAUGGCAUAGCGUGGCGAGAAAUGGUUUGGCUGGAGAGACUAUGUGAAUGGAUGGAUGGAUGGAUGGGUGGCGUCUGUAGAG